AUGAAGGAAUCACGGCGGCGCAAGGAUCGUGAAACUGACCAACAACACUCAUCGCUCCCAAUGGAGCUCAUGAUGGACAUCUUCUCUAGGCUAUCCCUCAAGUCCAUUGCCACCUGCCGCUGCGUUUCGAAGCAGUGGGGCUCCGUACUCGGCCAUUCUGGUUUCAGGGACCUCCUCUUGACAAGGUCUCAGGCUCGUCCGCGUCUAUUGUUCGCCUGCGUCGAAGAUAACAAGGUCAUCUUCCUCUCCUCACCUCAGCCUCAGUCUUCUUCGCCGACUCCUCCUCCUCCUGUUGCCGCCGAUUACCACAUGAGUUUCUCCUUUGACCAUCCUGUCCAAGACAUAUCUACAAGUCUCAAUGGCUUUGUCUGUGUCUAUACCAGUGGUUACCGGUCCGUAAACGCAAAGAAAUCCCUGGAGGGCGAGGAGUUGGUGAUAUGUAACCCUAGCACGGGACAGUCGCUUACUGUCCCCAGAAUGAAUAGCUCUCGGAUGACACGCUUCUUCGGGUAUGAUACUAUAGAGAAACUUCACAAGGUGUUGGGAAUGAUUUGGCUACAGGACGAUAGAACUGUGGACCAUCAAGUGCUGACAUUAGGAGUAGGAGGAGGAGGCACUACAUGGAGAACGACUGGAUGCGGCGUACCUUGUUCUACUUGGCAAAGACAGAAUAUAUGCAUUAAUGGUGUUAUCUAUUACGUCGCCCGUGAAUGUGAUCAGAUGAUAGUUUGCUUUGAUGUUAGGUCUGAGAAGUACAUCUUUGUUAAGUUUCCGGAUAUGAUCUUUUGGCCCGUGGUUCUUGACUUCUACGGUAAGUUGGCCUUAGUAGUACUAGUCAGUGGCAUCGCUCUUACUGCCACGUCCGAAAGUAUUGUGAUGUGGGUUCUGCAAGACCCCGGAAGAUGUACAUGGUCCAAACGUGUUUACAUAUUGCCCCCUAUGUGGAAAGAUGUAGUUGAUCCGCGCGAGCACUUGGAGAUUGUUGGAGGGACUGGUCCGGAUGAAUUGGUUAUGUCGCCCAGAUAUUCUUCUCAGCCUUUCCAUUUCUACUACUGCAAUUUCCUAAAGGAAACUGUAACGAGAGUUGUAAUCCAAGGAAUGGCGUUUGGGAGUGGGAGGAGGUAUUCUAUUCACACUUAUCUAAACCAUGUGGAGGAUGUGAAGCAUCCUGUUUCAUGUUUUGUACCUAACAAUCUGCAGAAUGAUCAUGUACCAUCAUCUCCUUUAGCUUUCUCAUCGUUUAAAGAUGGUAGAAACAGUAAAGAUACAUUAGGUGUUGUUAUUGAUACAUACAACUAG